CUGGCUGACGUAACUCAAUGAUAAAACUAGCAGAUGUGUGUGUCAUCAACUAUCUUGCCAUGGACUUUUUUCUGGCAUACGUGUUCGAUUGCACUAAAUUAUUUCAGUGAAGACCUACUUAUGUUAUGGCAUUAUUUUUUUUAAAUAUAUUCGCUUUGAAACGAUUUAAGAAUUAUUUGAUUGAUAACCAGUCACAUUGGUUAUGGUACUUAUCAGAAAAUGUCUUUUCCAGGAGUCAUUUUGUUUUUAAGUCAAAAUGUUUAAAGGCCUUAAAAACAAAAUACGUGAGGAAACUGGGAGUGAUGUGUCAAGAAUUAUAGGUGGUACACCCCAAAAUAAGACCACAUUUAAAGGAAGACAUUCUCGUCAAGGAUCAACAUCAAGUGUUGGCAGCUUGUCAAUUGAUGGAAUUCGUGAGGAGAACUCUCAAUCACCAGAGUUCAUUGAUCAUAGUAGCGAAAUAAACCAGGAUGACUGUAAGUCGUUAUCUCAACGAGAUGUAAAGUUGAUUGACAAGCGGGAAGAAGAAUGGAAAAAGAGACUGGGCAAGCUAGAAAUUGAAUGGAAACGGAAACUUGAUGAGAAAGACAGAGAAUGGAAAAAACAAUUGGAAUCUAAAGAUGAUGAAAAACUCUUAAAUGAGAAAACUAUUGAACAGCUACAGAAAUCUCUACAAUUGGCUGAAGAAUUUAAAGAAAAAUAUUGCAAAUUUCAAGAAGAAAAAGAGCAGCUUGAAGGAUUUCAGUCACAAGAAAUGUCAAAAAUUAAACAUUUGCUCCUAGCAAAAGAGAGAGAGCUGUCAGAAAGAAUCAACUCACUGAAAGAGAUGAAUAUCCAGAAUUCAACCCUUAAACUAGAAGUUGCGCGUUUGCGACGAUUUGAAGAGGAAAUCAGCAACAUUCAGGAUGAAAUGGAGACUUUGCGGCAUUCCUCUGAGCAAGAACGAACAACUCUCAGAAGUGAGUUAGCUCAAAGUGAAGAAAAUGUUCGCCAUCUUUGUGACAGAGUUGCUGUUUUAGAAAGGAGAACAAGUGCAGACUGUGUGGCACUUGGUGCUCCACUAUCAAUUGAUGAAAGAAUUCAGGGGCUUUUAGGAGAGCGGACCCUCUUGGAAAGACGCCUUGAGGAAGCUCACCUGCAUUUAGCUGACAUUAAGUCUUCUUGGAGUAGUAAAAUAACAUCACUAGAAACACAAGUUGGACGGUUGUGCCGGCAAGCUGCAGAAGAAGGUGCAGAGAGAAGAAGGACAGAAAAAGAAUGUGAGCAACUUCAGGCAAGAGUUCAUCAACUUGAAACUGAGCUGGCAACUGCAGCAGAGGGAGCUCUGCAAACAAGCACAUUGGCCCAAGAACUUGAACAAAUUCGAAGUGAACUUGAUGCAGCAUUGAUGGAGAAGACUGAAGUUUCUGUGGAGCUGAAGGAGACUAGAAAUUCUUUAGAAGAAGAAGUAAAAAGACUGAAUGAAACAUUAUCCUCACAAAAACUUGAAAUGGAAUUGUUUCAAGUCAAGUCAGAUGCUGAAGUAAAAAAACUCAAAGAAGAAAUUUCAGACUUACAUAAGUUGAUGAAAUCUACCGCUGACUCCUCUAAAAUGCAAAUAAGCACUCUCCAAUGUGAGCUUGAAGCAGAAAAGUUAAAGUGUGCUGAAAUAUUAACUGCCUUGAAUACAGAGAGGAGUGCAAAGGAAGCUGCUGAGCUGAGAGCAAAUACAAUUUCUGAUGAGGUACACAAUUCUAAUGAAUGUAUUGACUCUAAGCAAAAUGAAAUUUUAGAACUAAAGAGUUAUGUAGCAGUACUGGAAAGCAGUAUUGCAUCAAAGGACAAAGAAAUAUCCCAAGUUCAAAGCCAAAAUGAUAAAAUAACUAUCGAAGUGCAAGAACUAGAAAAGGAAAGGGAUAUGUAUAUUGCCAAAUCCAAUCAAGACAAGGAUUUGCAGGACAUAGUUUCAGAGCUUGAAUCCCAACUUGUUGAUAAGAAUAAGUCUAUCAAACAGCUUCAGCAAAGAUUAGGUGAUAUGAAGAAAACACUUCAAAAAGAACUGAAUUUGCAUCCAGAUGGUUAUGGUGGAGAUAUUACAAAAAGCAAUGGAACUACCGGCAUAGCCCUUGAUGAUACUUCUGCUGCUGUACUUGCCCCAAGCUCAAGCCAUCAGGUUUCUCAAAGAAGAUUACAACAACAAGCAGGAGCAGCUUUUAGCUCUGAAGGAAGUAAUGAUGUGAAUUUUCAGUACCUGAAGCAUGUGCUCAUCAAAUUUCUCACUAGUCGGGAAUAUGAGGCCAAACAUUUAACCAGAGCUGUUGCAACUCUUCUUCAUUUCUCUCCAGAAGAAGAAAAACUUCUUCAAGAAACAUUGGAGUGGAAAAUGUCUUGGUUUGGCUCUCGACCUAACCUUGGAUUUGGCCAAACAGCUAAAACUAUUCGUCCCAGUUAAUUAUAAUUACAUUCAUUUUUAAAAUUAAACUAUCCGUUUCUGUUGUGGUAACUAAUUUUCUAUUGAAUCAUGUAAUGUAAGCUAAAAUAUUCCAUUUUGCCCUCACAUUUUUUUUCUAGCUUUAUGGAGUUGUGAUUUUGUGAUUUAUGCUAAGCUGAUUUGGCUAUAUUUCACAAGAUUCAUUUUAUCAAAUUCCUGAAAUUCCUGAAAUGUGAUCAAUGUGUUCAUAUACUUGUGAUUAAUAUAUAUGUACUCACAUUAGAAAGCAAUUGCUCUAUGUGGAUUGCAUGGGCUGUGUAAUGCACUGGACAUUUCUCAAUGAUCUUUACAAAAAAACAAAAACAAUGCAUAGUUUCCUGUGGUCAAGUCAAGACAACAAGAUGUUAGUAUUGGAUGUAUGUAAUCCAAUUUUGAGGAGAUUUCUGUGGAUAUGCUUGAGAGAAUAAGUAGGUUAAUUAUUCUGUAUGACUGUGGUACCUUUAGUCAACAAGUCCUCUAUCUUGUCCACGUGCCAUGCACCUGCUUGUUUUGUUAUGUUUAAGUUUAUUUCAUAUUUUAACAUAACUUUAGACCAUGUUAUCUUCCGUCCUUUAAAAAUGCAUUUUUUAUCGGCUUUGUUUUAAUCUCUUAUUGUUGUUAAUUUAUACAAAGAUAUGAUUAUAUGUAGUCAAUUUAAACUGAAAUUGAAACUGUUUUAAAAUUGAGCAAUCUUUGAACACUUAGUGUGAUACACUCUAGCUCUAGCAACAUUGUUUCCUUAUUUUCUAGUCUUUAAUAGAUGAGAUUGAUCAAAGAAUGUUAACUGUGCUGCAAGCAUCCCAACCACACCCCACCUAGUAUUGAGGCCUACUGUUAUAUUUUAAGAGUGAGAUUUAUUUGUAUUUCUAUCUAUUAUUUUCAUUCCCAUAGAAUAUUUUCUUUAUAAUCUAGAUUCAAAAUAGCUUGUUAGUAAAUGAGCAGCUUUGUCAUUAAUUUCAAUGUCUGCCAAAGAAUCUGGUCUAUCACAAAGAAUCAAGAGUUACACUCUGUAAAUUUGACACAGUCUUAACUAACUUACAGGGUGGUCCAAAGACCCCCUCCUUUAUUUUGCUUAUGCUGUACCGCAUGCAGGCGUGGCGGGCGGGCUUGCCUGCCGUCGCUCCGCACGGCGCCUUAUGGCCCCGUGUGAGUAUGCAACCCGCCCGCACUACCGCAUGCGGUACAGUAUAAGCAAAAUAAAGGAAGGGGUUUAUGGACCACCCUGUAUAACACGGUGAAGAUAUGUUCUGGAUUAUAUCAAUAAUUUCUCCAGAGUAUCAUGAUUUUUUAAAAUUAAAAUGAAAUAACUAUUCCUCGAGCUAACAAACUUUUGGGGAUGAGGGACCAAAUAUCUAUUGUCAUGUUGGUUGGUAAAACCAUUUCCAACCUGUAUUGAGUGCACUGAAAGAUAAGUAAGAUGAAAAGUGGGUAAAUGUUCUCACUCUUUAUAAGUAUUAUUUUCCCCCAGUUUAUUUUCAUUUUGUUUUUAUCACUUACAUCAAAGAGUGAAACAAGUGAAAUGUGUGAACCACGUUAAUUUGGUCCUUUUAGGAUACAAUCAAAGGGACAAAAACAUUUUGACUUAUUUGUAACAAUUGAUGAAUUAUCUACCGCUUCCACAACAAGUCAAUUCCACUGCUGUUGGAAAUAAGUCUGUUGAAAUGAAGCAAAAUUUUCGGAUUUGUCAUAGUGAUUUGACUUUAUAUACCUUAAACUAUAUUUUACUACUGUAUUUAACGAGGUCGAAUAAACUCAACACCCAUUCAA